AUGCCAGUGGCAAUAAUAACAGGAGCGAGUUCUGGGAUAGGUCGUGCAACUGCUCUUCUGUUUGCAAGCCAUAAAUACCAACUUUCCUUGACGGGCAGAAAUGAGGCGGCUCUCAAGGAUGUUGCCAAAGAGUGUGUUCAGCAAGGAAUAGCAGAAAAAGAUAUUGUCAUCAGCCCCACCGACUUGUCCGCAGAAGAAGCUCCCAAAACAAUUGUUGACAAUACUCUUACCAAGUUUCAAAGGAUAGAUUCAUUGAUAAACUCAGCAGGAAUACUGCGAGCUGGUGCGGUGCUCGACUCAAAUAUAUCCGUCUAUGACGAACUUUUCAACGUGAACGUCCGAUGUCUUGUCCGCUUAACCCGCGAAGCCCUUCCUCAUAUAAUCAAAUCUAAAGGUACCGUCGUCAAUGUAAGCAGCAUAAAUGGACCGUGUCCGUUUCCCGGUGUCACCUACUAUUGUAUGUCCAAGUCUGCGGUGGACCAGUUUACAAAAUGCCUUGCUCUUGAGAUGGCUCCACAUGGUGUUCGUGUUAAUGCUGUGAACCCCGGAGUUACAGUCACAAAUCUCCAUAGAAGAUCCGGACAAGAUGAAGCGACUUAUGCAGCGUUCCUCGAAAAAAGCAAAACUACUCAUGCUCUUGGCAGACCUGGUAACCCUAAGGAAGUUGCUGAAGCGAUUCUUUUCCUUGCAUCCGAGAAAAGCUCUUUCACCACAGGGCAGUUGCUGCGUGUUGAUGGUGGGAGAGGCAUUAUGCAUCCUCGCUAA